ACUCCGACAUCCGCCAUGGCCACGGCCGGCCGCGCCUCUCCGGGACGGCGACCCCGCGAGCAGAGGCCGGACCUCAGCAAGAUGGAGCGCGUGGUCGUGAGCAUGCAGGACCCGGACCAGGGCGUGAAGAUGCGGAGCCAGCGCCUGCUCAUCACCGUCAUCCCCCACGCCGUGGCUGGCAGGGACGUCGCCGAGUGGCUGGUCCGGAAGUUCUGUGUCUCUGAGGAGGAGGCCUUGCACCUCGGCACCCUCCUGGCCCAGCAUGGCUACAUCUACCCGCUGCGCGACCCCCGCAGCCUGGCGCUGCGGCCGGACGAGACGCCCUACCGCUUCCAGACCCCGUACUUCUGGACGAGCACCCUGUGGCCGGCCACAGAGCUGGACUACGCCAUCUACCUGGCCAAGAAGAACAUCCAGAAACAGGGAGCCUUAGCUGACUAUGAGAAGGAGCAGUAUGACCAGCUGCACAAGAAGCUCAACCACACGUGGGACCUGGUGCUGAUGCAGGCUCGAGAGCAGCUGCGGGCAGCUAAGCGGCGCAGGAAGGGCGACAGGCUGGUCAUCGCCUGCCAGGAGCAGACGUACUGGCUGGUGAACAGGCCCCCGCCCGGGGCCCGCCAUGUUCUGGAGCAGGGUCCGGAGAGGGGCGCCCGCCCGGCCAGCCGCCUGCACACGAGCUCGGACUUCUACAAGCGGGAGAUUGACUACACCAGGAAAGCGCUUGGCAGGACCCGGGUGAAGUCCUCUAUCUGUCUUGAGGCGUACCUUAAGUUCAGCAGCCAGCGCAGUUCACACGACCCAAUCAUGGCAGGGUGCCUGCCCAGCAACCCCUGGAUCACAGACAGUGUGGACUACUGGACCAUGAAUGCUCCGACUGUGGCCGCACCUACUAAGCUGCGUGUGGAGCGCUGGGGCUUCAGCUUCUGGGAGCUCCUGGGGGACCCUGUGGGCAGGGCUCACUUCAUGGACUUUCUCCAGAAGGAGUUCAGUGCGGAGAACCUCAGCUUCUGGGAGGCGUGUGAGGAUCUGCGCUUCGGUGGCCAGGCCCAGGUCCCCGGCCUGGUGGACUCGGUGUACCAGCAGUUUCUGGCCCCUGGAGCUGCCCGCUGGGUCAACAUUGACAGCCGGACGAUGGAGCAGACGCUGGAGGGGCUGUCCCAGCCCCACCGCUAUGUCCUGGAUGACGCGCAGCUGCACAUCUACAUGCUCAUGAAGAAGGACUCCUACCCGCGAUUCCUGAAGUCUGACAUGUACAAGAGCCUUCUGGUAGACGCUGUGAUCCCACCAGAGACCAGGCGAAGAGUGUUCCCGUUCAUGCGGAAGCCCCGGCACUCCAGCCCCAGCCCUGCGCUCCUUCCUGGCUCAGGGGAGUCUGCAGCAGCCUCAGGCGGUGAUGAGGCCUAG